AUGCAAGAGGCCGGAGCAGUGAGGGUCCCGCCGGCUCCUGCGGCACCCACCGCGGGCUCCAGGGGCCCCCAACCCAACGUCCCUGACCCCCCAGCACCCGGCGGCCCCAGCAGGCCCCGCGGCGCAGCCCCCAGCCCUUGGCCCUGCGGACCGCUGCCUGCCCGCCUCGCCUGCUCCUCACCGGCCCCGGGACAAGCCCGCGCCGCGCUGCCCCCGCAGCCCCCGGCCCGCUGCCCCGGGAGGGUCCGUCCUUCCCCCCCGGGCGGGCGGCAGGGAGGAGCGGCGGAGGCGCCGGGGCGGGUGCCGGCAGGCCGGAGGCAUCGCACGGGGCGGCCGUGCCGGGGGCCGUGCAGGGGGAGGCCGGGCGCAGGCAGCGCUGCCCGUGACAGGCGGCGGGGCAGGGGAGAGGGCGGCGGGGCGGUGCCUGCGCCGGGCUCGGGCAGCCGGGGCACGGCCGGGGCGGCGUGGCAGGGCCGGGGCCGGGGGCAGGGACAGGCGGGGCCGGGCCCGGACAGGGCCGGGGACACGCAGCCGGGCCGCGCUAAGGGCGCCACGGGGCCGCGGGUCCCCGAGGCCCGUGCGGGGGCCGGGAGAGGCUGUCAGUCGGCAGGGCGGUGCGGGGCGGGCCCAGCGAAACGACCGGGCCGGAGCAGGCCGGGGGCGCGGCCGGGCACCGCCGGGGCCGCCCCGCACCGGGCACCGCGGGGAGGGGAGGCGGUGUGUGGGGGGGUGUGUGUGUGUGUGUGUGUGCGCGGCGGACGCCGGGCCUGCGGGCCCCGGUGCCGCGGGCGGGGGCUGAUGAGAAAGUUCCAGCCGCCGUGUCGUGGCGUGUCGUGCCGCCCGGUGCUCCGCAUGGCGCGGGGGAGGCGCCUCGACCCCCGCCCGGGGCCGCCCCGCAGCGCUGCCCUCCCGGCGGGGCACCGGGCCCGGAGCGAGGGGAAAGCACCCAGCGCCAUCGCCGCCGCCGGGGCGGGGGCUCCGCGCCCACCUCGGGAGGGCAGGCGGAUCCGCGCCCGCUCCGCCGUCCCGGCCAGGCUCGGCUCGGCUUGGCGGCGCUGCGCCCGCCGGCGGGCACCGGGGCUGCGGGCGCCGCGCUCGCUGCAGGCACUGCCCGUCCAGCGCUGCCCGCUGCCGGGCGCCCAGCCGCUGGCCGGGCGUGGAGCGAGCGCCCGCCCCCGCCGCCUCCUCCUCCUUCUCCUCCCCCCGGUGCGGAGCGAGCGCCGCUCCCCGGUGCGGGCGCCGGUGCCCCGGCGCGGGGUCGGGCGUGUGCGUGUGUGUGUGUGUGUGUGUGCGUGUGCGUGGGGCUCCCCCCGCGCCGCGCCGUCCGCGGAGCCGUGCAGCCCCUCCCGGGCGGGAGCGGCCUCCCCCCGCGCCCCCUCCCGCGGGCUGUGCCGGGCUCGGAGCCCCCUCCCUCGCUCCCUCCCCCCCCCGCUCGCUCCCCGCCCGCCCGUUCCCUCUCCGGACUCGGCUGGCUCCGCGCAGCCCCCCCCGCGCGGGCAGGGCUGGCCGCACGGCACGCCGGGAGCCGCAGUCCGCGGGGCGGCGCGGCGGCCGGCGGGCCGGGGGCGCCGGACUACAGCUCCCGUCAGCCCCCGCGGCGGCGGCUCGCUCUCGCCCUCACACUCCGGCUGCCGCUGCCAGUGUCUCCGCCGCCGCCGCCGAACCGCCGCUCGCAGCGCCCAGUGUCCGACCCGCCGCCUCGGGCAGGGGGCCCGCCCCGGCCCGCCGCCCCCCGCCCGGCUCGGGAAGCAGGUGCGUGCCCGCCCCCCCCCCACCCCCCCGCCUCGCCGCCCCGCGCCGGACGCCCGGCCCCCGCUGCCCGGGCACCGCGGGCCCGCGCGGCCCCGCACCCAGCGAAGGGGGGGGCGUGGGGGGGGGGAUGCGUGUGAGGCGGACGGGAGCGAGUGGCCCGAUCCCCCGCCCGGUUGGACGGGGUCUCCAUGGAAACGGUCCCGGGACACCCCCGGGGUGGCGGCGGGGAGGCGCGCGGGGGGGGGGGGUGGCGGCGGCGGUUGA